UUGCCACACUUUCAUUUGUAUCCAGGCAGAGGUGGCUUAGUGAACAAAGGAAGGAGACUGGGAUUGAAAAUUGAACUGAUCCUACAAAAAGAAAAGACUGGGAUCGGGAUCGGGAUCGGGAUCGGGCUUUAACGCGAGCCGAAAUCGCCUGUCCAAGCAGUCACUAGGCUGGCCACGUUCAGUCCCAAGGAGACCCUGGCUCGGUCCAUAAAUAGUUCCUAAUAAAACGACACAAGAAGGGCACGUUCUGAUGGGUUGAUUAGGCGCGCGCCUGCAACUGGCACGCGAAAUGUCCAUCGUUCAGAUGCUAAACGCAUUUUAAGCUUUAAAAAAAAUCCAGAGAAAGAGAAGGUAACAAAAUCAGCGAUCGCUUCAUCACCGAUAGAUCACCUUCUCACCGUUCACUUUCCCUAAUUGGAUCCUCACCUGUUUCAAAAUCCUAACUCUCUCGAGGAGAAAUUAGAAUAUAGUAAUUGAUGGAAGGAAAUGGUGGUGAUGCUGCCAAUGUGGUGGGACCUGUUGCGAAGUGGAGAAAUGAUUUCUCUCGGGCAUUCCAGUACUAUCUCGACCGAUCCACUCCUCAUCCGAUGCAGAGGUGGCUUGGAACUCUUGCGGUUGCAGCAAUUUAUGUGUUGCGUGUUUUCUAUGCUCAAGGGUUUUACAUUGUGUCUUAUGGUCUUGGGAUUUAUAUCUUGAACUUGUUGAUUGGGUUUCUGUCACCCAAGGUUGAUCCUGAACUUGAAGUUUUGGAUGGGGCUUCUUUGCCAACUAAAGGAUCGGAUGAGUUCAAGCCCUUUAUCCGCCGCCUUCCUGAGUUUAAGUUCUGGUACGCCAUCACCAAGGCUUUUUGUGUGGCCUUCCUAAUGACCUUCUUUUCUAUAUUUGAUGUCCCUGUUUUCUGGCCCAUAUUACUCUGCUAUUGGAUUGUUCUGUUUGUCCUCACAAUGAAGCGCCAAAUCAUGCACAUGAUGAAGUACAAAUAUGUUCCAUUCAGCCUAGGAAAGCAGAGGUAUGGCAAGAAGAAGUCUGAUGCAAGCAGCAGUGGCUUGAUGAGGGACUAAGCUAUGACAUGUCCUGAAGCCUUCCAGAUGUCUUGCUUUUAAUUUUUGAAGGUUUUCCUGUCUACGUCAAGUACCAUAUGCAAAACUCAAUAGGAUUUGAAAAUUUCAUUUUGUUUUAUAUUUCUAGCUGUAGCAGUCACUAGCAUGACUUUACGAUCACACAUUUUCUGCGUUAGCUGGGGAUAUUCCUUUAUACAUUAGAAUUCUUCUAGUAUUCUAUUUUUUUAGUCUAAUGAAUCAAUCGUGGUUGAUGGUGA